AUGGCGGGCGCUGCGCCUGCACCGCGCGUGCUGGGGGCUGCGGCCCGAGGCGCCGCCCCCCGACCCCGAGCCGGACGAUCUGUUCUCGAAGGCGUGCGCGCUGAUGCAGAGCUCGUGGGGACACUGCAUACCUUUGCCGAGCCCGACGACUGGUGUUGGCGGGCGCUGCGGGCGCUGCGCCUGCACCGCGCGUGCUGGGGGCUGCGGCCCGAGGCGCCGCCCCCCGACCCCGAGCCGGACGAUCUGUUCUCGAAGGCGUGCGCGCUGAUGCAGAGCUCGUGGGGACACUGCAUACCUUUGCUGGACGAUUUGUUCUCGAAGGCGUACGCGCUCAUGCAGAGCUCGUGGGGACACUGUAUACCUUUGAUCUGUUCCUCGGGCGUGGCGGCGCUGUGUUCACUAGCGGCGACGCGCGCGCAGGACGCCGUGCACUGCCUGGCGCCUCUCAUGCUGGUGCUGGUGGACUCGCCGGAGUCCGUCGCCUCCACGAGCAAGUUCACAGAUCUCUUCUCGCUGAUACUGGGCGCCGGCGGGCUGGUGGCGCGGGCGCUGGGCCGCGGGAGCCCCGGGGCCGCAUUACUGGCGCGCCUGGUGCACGAGCAGCUGGCUGGAGACUCAUGCGGCGGCGUGCCCCACUCGGCGCUAGUCCGCGUGUGGAUAUGUGCGCUAUGGCGGCCGGCGCCGGGGGCGGCGGCGCUAUUGGACGCCGCGCUGCGCCCGCGCGAUCUCUGGCAGCUGAACGAAUUCGCGCAGCACCAGAACGAAGACUGGGUCCAGCAAAUGAGUGCGGCGAUUCGCGCGUCGUCGAGCGCGCCUCUGCUGAGCUACGCCGCGCUGGGGGCGUGGCUGGUGCGGCGCGAGCUGGCGCCGGCGCUGCUGCCGCGCCUCGAAGCGGCUUUGCUGGCCCAGCGCGCCGGCAACCAGCGCAUACACGUCGCCAACGCGCUCAAUGCGCUGCUGCUCCAGCGCGCCGGCAACCAGCGCAUACACGUCGCCAACGCGCUCAAUUUAAUCGGGUCGUCGACGUCGGCGGAAGACCUGGUGAUAUACAAGACGGCGGCGGCCAUUCUCGGCGCGCCGAUGGCACACUUCGCGCAUCUCCUACUCUGGGCGUUGCUAAUGCAGCUGUAUCUCUCCCGUGGGCCUGGCGGUAGCCCAGAAACCCCAGCAGUGGGCCCGCUAUUCUUCAGCGGAAUCAUCAAGUCGCGCACUCUUGCGCAGCUCAAGCGCCGCCUCCAAGACUCCAUCAAGUAUCACCAGAGCGAGCAGAAAAGAUUAGCUUCAGAAAACCCUGAACCCACCACUCCAGCUCCAAAUACAUCCAGGGUAGUCAAGUCCGAAUCGAGGAGUCUCGAUGGUCAACUGAUGCCGUUAUCGAUUAACGAUUUGACGUGCGAGUCGAGCGAUUCCACCGAGUCGGAUGACUCGGAAGUGGAGAGAGUGGCAUCGCGCAGGGGCUCGACGGAAGAAAAUGAUGUAUACAUGAAGAAUGUCAAGUUGGCGAUCAAGUACCAUGCGGCGGCUGAGAGCAUGCUGGGAAAAUAUGCAGAGUGGUUGGACGCGGGCGACACGGUGCGCGCGCGGCAGACCGACGCCGACGUGUCGCGCUUGCUGCCGGAACGUUUGCAAGAAGCGAUGUGGGAGGUGGCACGCAGACGCGUGACCACGCCCCUUGCGGAGCGGGAGCCCCUCCCCCUGCCGCCGCCCGCGCCCGAAGCCCCGCCCCCCGCGCCCGCCACGCCCUACGACACAAUCGUCCGGGUGCUCAUGGAUAUAAAGAACACGAAGCCCAAGAGGUCUCGACGGCCGGCCGUCAAGUCGCCUGUGGACAAGGUGGACUUCAAAGACAUUCGCUCCCUUCUGAGUCUCGUUGAAUCUCACUGCCAAGAUCUGCAAAAGUUGGCGAAGGAAUCGAAUGCAGAGGUGUCAACGUUGGCAAACCUUAACAUAGUGCUGUGGAAGCUUGUGCAGGAACAACGCGUGGCCAAACCCUUGCCCGUUAUGCGCAAGUAUUGCUCUCAGCGCUGCACUCAGGUCACGUAUGCACCAACGGGCCACGAAUGGUGCAUAGCAGUGGGCGCAGUACAGGGCAUAAAAGAAAACAGGGCCAAGGCGAUGGCGUGCACGCGGCGGCUGGCGCGCCCGCGACCGCACGCCGCGCGAACGGCGGCCGCACUGUUCACUAUCGUCAGACGCAUACCAAACCGCGAGGCGGCGGGCCGCGUGGCGGAGCUGGCGCUGCAGGCGGCGGCGCGCGCGGGAGGCGCCGCGGCCGUCACGCUCGCCGCCUUCGUCGAGCAGCUCGCCGAGCGCUGGUUAUCCUCCGACGGCGUUCUCUGCUCGUACCUGAUCAGGCGUUCGUACAACAACAGCGCUGCGCAGACGCUCAUCGGGCCGCUGGUGGCCCCCCCGCGCGUGGACCCCGCGCACAUCCCUACGCUGCACAGCGCCCUGCUGCGCGGCCCGCUGCCGCCGUCCGCACUGUUCAGCUACCUGUCUCGGUUCGACAUGAGCCGAUGGGCGGACACCGCGACGCCGGCGCAGCGUAGCGAAGUGCUGAACGAGCUGACGGAGGCGGCCCAGCGUUGGGCCGCGAGAGACGAGCCCGACUACCAGGUGUUGCUCGAGUUAGUGGGCAUGCAGUCGGCUGCAGCCUGCCGGGCCUCCGAGCUGGCCGCUCUCGCCAGCGGGUGCUGCCGCGCCGCCGCCGCCUGGCUGCCGCCCGCGCAGCUGUCGCACGUGGCGCGCGCGGCGCUGCUGCGGGCGCCGGGCCUGCCGUGCGACCAGCUGGCCGCUCUCGCCAGCGGGUGCUGCCGCGCCGCCGCCGCCUGGCUGCCGCCCGCGCAGCUGUCGCACGUGGCGCGCGCGGCGCUGCUGCGGGCGCCGGGCCUGCCGUGCGACCAGCUGGCCGCUCUCGCCAGCGGGUGCUGCCGCGCCGCCGCCGCCUGGCUGCCGCCCGCGCAGCUGUCGCACGUGGCGCGCGCGGCGCUGCUGCGGGCGCCGGGCCUGCCGUGCGACCAGCUGGGCCACCUGCUCCGCGAGCUCGGCGUCAUCUGGUGGGAGGUGCGCAGCGGCCUCAAAGGCCCCAACGAUAGAUACGCAGCGUAUGCGCCGCACGUGGCACAGCUACUGUCAGUGCUUCACAGGGCGUUCGUCGCUGCUGCGGUGCAACUGAGCUACGCGCCUGAGAGAGUGGCAGCACUAGCGUGGUCGAGCCUGCUAGAGGCGUGGUCGGCGUGGGUGGUGCCGCACGCCGCGACGCCGCUACUGCCCUCUACCGGUGAACGGGAGCACUACACAUGCAUGCUGCGAGCCUUCCACGGAGCCGCGCUGGAGGUCAUGGCCGACUGUCCUGGCACAGAAGAGCACCUACUCUCCCAGAUAUUCGAGUGGGCGGUGCAGACGUGCGCGAGCGUGCACCGCGCGCCCAACCAAGAAAGCCGCGUGCAGGCGUCCGCUCUACUGGCGGAACUGGCGCGUGGGCCUUGGCGGAGCCACCAGUGGCUGCGGGCCAGCAGUCUGCAGGCCUUGCUGCAGGUGUGCCACCUGGGUGACCGAGAGCUGAGCGAUUGGUGCGCGGCGGCGUGUGACGGGCUUCAAGCGUACACGUGGGCGGCUGGAGAGGCCGAGCUGGGUGCUCGCCUGCCGCUAUUACUGCACCUGUUCACUGCUGGCAUCUUCCAGAACGACCGGGUGAGUCAAAAAUCAAAAAAGCUUUGCACUUGACAGAAAGAUAAAG